GUUCUCUCUCGGUUCUCUCCGAUGAAUUGAAAUCACGCCUCAACAAGAACAGAACACGCUAAAAAAGAAGGUCACCACUCAGGUACGUCUUCGACUUUUACGCUUCGUUUUCUCCAUAUCAAAUUUUCUCCUCUUUUGCUUCUGUGUUUUUCGUCUUUGUUCCAGUUGUUGAUACGUGGAUGGAGUUGAUGCGGGUUGAAGGUUCCUUCUGAGUUUGUGAAGACUUGAAGGAUCGAUCGAAGAAGAUGAAGAGGGGAUGCCGUUUUCUUUGAAGGUUUCGUUGAGUUCUUUGAUUCUGCAAUGAGUCUGAGAUUGAUCAUUUGACAGCCUUAUGCAGUCAAGGACUGUAGAUGCACCUAUUAGGGGAGAAGAGGGAGAUACUUCAAAGCACUGUUGAUCUUGUUCAAAAUAACUUGAACUUAGAGGUGAUCUAUGGGGAUACUGAUUCAAUAAUGAUUUACAGUGGGCUAGAUGAUAUUGCAAAAGCAACUUCAAUAGCUAAGAAAGUUAUUCAAGAGGCUCUGGUCAAUGUCCGUGGUGCCGUAGUCUGCAAGGAAGAAUGCGAUCCAUUUGUAUCUGUGACUCUUGUGAGGCAGGGUGCUAAACAUAAUGAAGUGAGAAAGACAAUUAGCUUGACCUCUGAGAGUAGUGAACUUCUGUUUUCUGAUGUUAUUCUUGGAAAAUACAGGCUUGAGGUGAAACAUAGUUCCCCUGAAUCAGUGGCCAAGGAAGAUAAUUGGUGCUGAGAGAAGAGCUUCAUAGAUGUAAAUAUUGGAGCUGAGGACUUGGAAGGAAUUGUUUUUGUUCAAAAAGGUUACUAGGUCAAUGUGAUCUCCACUCAUGAAGUUAGGGGGGUUACAUAACUCAACCUGAUGGAUCAACUGUGAAUUUAAAGAUUCAGGGUCUUGAAGUUUUUAGGAAGAAGCAUGUAUUGGUGUUCAUUUCGAGUCUUGAUAGCAUUGAAGAUGAGAUUUCACUUUUGAAUUCAAUCUAUGAAAGAUUGCAAGAAAACUCAAAAGAAUCAAUAAAAGGUUUCAAUAAAGAAGACUUCAAGAUUUUGUGGAUCCCCAUUAAAUGUAUGUGUUAGGAGGUUCAUGAUUCUAUCCUUGCUGCAGAUCCAUCCUCAUGCUUCUAAACAAGUCUUGGAUGAACUUUCUGAAAACCUUCAAAUUCCUAUUGUGGUUCAACCACCACAGAUGCAGAGCUGCAGAUUGGAGACGAAGAAUAUUGUGAUGAAGAUAUGGAAGAAGCUUGUGAUCAUGAAGAUGUGAAAGAAGGUUGUCCUGAAGAUGUGGAAGAAGAACAAGGAGAUGAUCAAGAAGAAUUUUAAUAAGUUGUGUUUUAUAUUAUCUAGCUAACUAGUUCUUAGAAGUUGUGUUUUAAGAAGUUGUGUUUUAUAUUAUCCAACUUAUUAGUGACACUACAAAAAAAAUUACU